AUGGCCAUGGAGCAGGGAAGAGUGACGGAAUUCGAAGGAAAGAGCCUCGACCAGAUACAAAUUGAGCCUGAAGGGAGAGCAGUAGAGAUCCUCUCACAAACGGACGGGCUAAAAGAAACUUCAAGCGGAGAACCUUCAACCAUUCAUCCAGAUGCACCCCAUGGUAGUGGCAGUGCCCCUUCUGAACGUAUCCAGCCUCAGAAGAAGAACGUGAAGAAUGAUGGUCUGUGCCACCGCUGCAUGGAGGCAUUGAUGGUGCGAGGACAGUACCAGCGGAGACCAGAGGGGGCGCUGCAGCCGUGA